CGAGGCACAGGUUGUUCCAGACCGACUUCACCGAGAACGGAACCCAAAAAAAAAAAGCCCCGGUCGGAAGAAGCCCCUCCUCCUCCCCGCCAGCAGAGACCCGUGGUUGGGGCGCUGCAGUCAUCCUCGCUCCCGUCCUCCGGCCAGAGGUGACCCGCUUGGUGAGACGAGACGAGGGCUGCCUCUCUGAUCCCUGCCAUGGCGUCCUCCGUGUUUUGCCGCCAACUUUCGCUCUCCCUCCACAAAAACCUGUGCCUCAGUCUCUCAGGAUGCCGAUACGCAAGCAAAGCGGCACCUAAAGCCCAGGUGGAGUUAGAUUACGAUGGACCCUCCAUGAAAACUGAAGUCCCUGGGCCAAGAUCACAGGAGCUGACAAAACAACUGGGGGAAAUUCAGAACGUUGGCGCUGUCAACUUCUUCUGCAACUACGAGGAGAGCAGGGGCAACUACCUGGUGGAUGUGGAUGGGAACCGCAUGCUUGACAUCUACACUCAGAUCUCCUCCAUUCCGAUUGGAUACAACCACCCUGCUCUCAUCAAACUAAUGUCCAAUCCCAACAAUCUGAGUGCAUUUGUGAACCGACCUGCACUCGGAAUCUUGCCACCUGAGAAUUUCCCAGACAAACUCACCGAAAGUCUUCUCUCAGUGGCUCCCAGUGGAAUGAGUCGUGUCCAGACCAUGGCCUGUGGCUCGUGCUCCAACGAGAACGCGUACAAGGCCAUGUUCAUCUGGUACAGGAAUAAAGAGCGAGGCCACAACUAUCCAUCUGAUGAGGACCUCAGCUCUUGCAUGAUCAACCAGGGUCCAGGAUGUCCGGAGUUCAGUAUUUUAUCUUUUAUGGGAGGCUUCCAUGGCAGAACUAUGGGUUGCUUGGCAACAACACACUCUAAAGCGAUCCAUAAGCUGGACGUGCCCUCGUUCGAUUGGCCCAUCGCACCGUUCCCCAGACUGCAGUACCCACUGGAAGAGUUCGCCAGGGAGAACGCGCAGGAAGAGGCUCGCUGUUUGGAAGAGGUGGAGGAUCUGAUUGUGAAGUGGAGGCAGAAGGGAAAGCCUGUCGCUGGGAUCGUGAUUGAGCCCAUCCAAGCGGAAGGAGGAGAUAACCACGCCACCGCGGAUUUCUUCAAGAGUCUCCGCAACAUUGCACGCAAGCAUGGCUGUGCUUUCCAUGUGGACGAAGUCCAAACCGGAGGAGGGAGCACAGGAAAGUUCUGGGCCCACGAGCACUGGGGUAUGGACGACCCCGCUGACAUCGUGUCCUUCAGCAAGAAGCUUCUGACCGGCGGCUACUACCACAAACUGGAGUUACAGGCCGAUAAGCCCUACCGCAUCUUCAACACAUGGAUGGGUGACCCAUCAAAGAACUUGUUCCUGGCCGAGGUCCUCAACGUGAUUCGCAGAGAAAACCUCCUGGAGGAAGUAACUCGUUCGGGAAAAGCUCUGCUAAAUGGGCUGUAUGAAUUACAGGCUCAGUACCCCGGCCUUGUGAGCCGAGCCCGAGGCCAAGGAACCUUCUGUGCCGUUGAUAUCCGUGAUGAUGCAACACGCAACAACAUCCUUAUGAAGGCACGGAACAGAGGUAUCCUCCUGGGUGGGUGUGGCGAUAUGGCCAUCCGUUUCCGUCCGGCGCUGGUCUUCAAGGAGUACCACGUGCACAUGUUCCUCAACCUCUUCAACGAGGUGUUGGCCCAUUUCAAAUGAAAGCCGGCUGGGGGGGGGGGGGGGGACGUAGGUUCCAUGACACCACACCAGGACACGGGGAGGGAACUCUCCUCACCGUCCACGCAGGAUAAAGCACAAAAACCCACCAUUUUAAAAGGAAAUCAGAAGGUCAGUUGAGUCUCGUCCAGGACAACGAUAACAAAGUCUGCGUACGUGUGACGUGGUGAAUAUGUAAUCCCUCCAUUCAGUCGACAUUAAUCCAAAAUGUGUGGACACCUUGUUCAUCCUAGUCUGCUCAUACUUCCUACACCGUGCCAUCACUACCUCCCAGUGGAUGUGUCACAC